AUGGUGAACUUUACUGCUGAGGAAAAGGCUCUCAUCAAUGGCCUAUGGAGUAAGGUGAAUGUUGAAGAUGUUGGUGGUGAAGCGUUGGGAAGGCUUCUUGUUGUAUACCCAUGGACCCAGAGAUUCUUUGACAGCUUUGGGAACUUGUCCUCUGCCUCUGCCAUCAUGGGCAAUCCGAGGGUCAGAGCCCAUGGUAAGAAAGUGAUGACUUCUUUUGGAGAAUCCAUUAAGAACCUAGACAACCUCAAAUCUGCCCUGGCUAAGCUCAGCGAGCUGCACUGUGACAAGCUGCAUGUGGACCCUGAGAACUUCAAGCUCUUGGGUAACGUGCUGGUGAUUGUUCUGGCUAGUCACUUCGGCAAGGAAUUCACUCCGGAAGUGCAGGCUGCCUGGCAGAAGCUGGUGGCUGCUGUGGCCACUGCUCUGUCCCUCAAGUACCACUGA